CCAAUACAAACCAAUCAAGGCUAGAGUGUUGGCUGAGUGUAACUCGGUGACUCAGUCCCAUUCUCAAACGAUCUCGAGACUUUUUCGAUCCAUUAGUGUCUAACUUUAGUUCAAUAUUGAUUUUGAUCUUUUACUGAUCUCUGCAAUGGAUGAGUCCGAGAAACAGAGCGAUCUUGAAAUUCAAGAGCUCAGUCUCAUCGACGUGUCGUUUGAAGACGAUUGCCUCAUCAAUUCGGCUUUCACUAGCCCUCUACACCAUCCAUUUUCAGAGAAUCAGGAGCAAAAAAGUGUGAAGUUCUUGGAACCUUUUGAAGCUGUGGAAACCUCAUUUAACUCCCCUGAAGUGAGGAAAGAAGAGUCUCAGCCAGUUGAAUCAUUGGAACCAGGAAAGACAAGAAGUGGACAAUAUAACUUGCGCAAAAGUUUGGCCUGGGACAAUGCUUUCUUCACUAGUGAAGGAUUUCUGGAUUCUGAGGAGCUUUCCAGUAUGAUUGGAGGCACCGAGAAAAGAGAGAAGCAUGUAUUAUUGCCUGGAAUUCAAGAAGACAUCCACAGAUCUACAGAUUCACUAUCUACAUUAGACAGUGAUACUUUGACAUUAAAAAGUCUUGAGGUUGAUUUGUUUAAAGAUAUAAGAGCUUCAAUCCAGAAAUCUAGCCGAGUGUCCAAUGUGGCAAAUUCAAAUAAUAAGAAGAAAUUAGGGGUGACAGAGUCCCAAACUAUGCAGUCUUCAAAGAAUGAGAAUCUAGCAUCUCGAGAUAAGAUGAAGCCAAAAAUUGCUUCCAGAAAGCUUAGUGCUGGCACUCUAGGACCAGGGAAAACAACAAAGCAGACCUCUGUUCGUCUACAAGCCUCACAGUCUGUUGUUACAAAUGGAGAGUUGACUUCAUCUCCUUGUAAACCACCCAAGGCACGUGGUAGAAUUAAUCCUAUCCCAACGCCAACGAUAUCGACCAAGAGGGCUUCCAUGGGUGCUAACCGUGCCAAACUGGAAAAAGAUAAUCACAAAAAUGCAUCUGGUAAAGGAGCUCCAACAUCAAAAAUACCUUCUUCAGGUUCACGGAAUAUAGUUCCCAGGCCUACACUACCUUCUAGAUCUUCUUUGCGUUCUUCAACUGCAACUAAAGCGGAGCUAACAACUUCUUGUUCCUCAUUUGGUAGUUCUUGCAGUGUUUCAUCUGACAACAUUGGUAAAAUUUCCUUAAAUUCCAUGAAAAGAAAAAAUAAUUCUGGUAUUAGUAAUGCUUCUUCUGCUGGUUCAACUGUCAAAUCCAUGUCAAGAACUGCACCAAAGGUUAAAAGUCAGUCAGGAAGUUCACAUAUUACGGCUUAUUUGAGGUCUGUCGCCAAGCACUCUUCUAGCAUAUCACCAGCUAGCUCUAUAAGUGAAUGGUCCUCAGAGUCAACAGCAUCAACUUCUACUGCUAAUCAAAGGCGUAAUAGUACAAGAGCUAGUGUAGACUCUAAUUCUUCAAAAUCAGUCUCUGUAGACAAUGAUGCCUUACAACGUUUGAAUUUUCACGAUUCCAAUGAUCAAAGCUCGGCUGGAAAUGAUGCCAAGUUCCCUGGUUUGCAAGGUGAAUCUGUGAAGGGAGCUUCGAUGAAAACUGGUCCAAUUCUUUGUCCAUCUUCAAAACCCUCUGGCCUUCGAUUGCCGUCGCCUAAAAUUGGCUUCUUUGAUGGGGUCAGAUCAGCAGGGCGGACUCCCAAUGGAAGUAUGCAAUCUCAUCCCGGUGUACCCAGUGCCUUGCCUAAAAUUGGAGCUGGAAUUACUAGCCCAAGUGGAGGCUCAAACAAGUCAAAACUUGGAAAGAUUCAACCGGCUAGAACUGCAUUUCCGGUUCGGAAUGUCAAACCUGAUGCUCAGCAAAGUGCCAUGACUGUGAAACCUAGAUCUCCUUUACCUCCUCAAGAAUCCUUAAUUGCUGCAACAAAGGUCUCUAGUGCUUCAAAAAAUGUGAAAAGCCCACUUGUAUCUCCAAGAGUUCAGAGUAGAUUGUCUUCUAAAACUGGUCGAGAAAGUGUUUCGAAGGCUGAGGAAGUUGAUUCUAAAGGACAUCAUAUAAGCGCUCAAAACUCUGGUUUGGCAGAAAAGAAAGGCAUCUCAAGUGUCUUGAAACAAAGAGUAAGCCCCAAAAGCAAUGGUAGAGCCAAUGAACCAGGUUCCAAGUUCACUACUAUGAAUGAAGAACUCAACGCUUCUCAUAAUUUAAUUCCCACUUUUGAUGCUGAAAAUAUCAAUCCGUCUCAACAAGUGGUUGAAGAUGCAACAUCUGGUCAGCAAUUUCUCAAGAAUGAUUUAAGUUCUGUUCAUAAGUCAAAUGAAAAGGAGACGGUUCCUCGUGAAGAUGAAGUCGCUGUUCUGACCAGACAAGUUGGAGCUAUGGAUAUAAAUGUGGAGUUAGAGAAGAAAGUCGUCUCACCUUCCCCAGAGAGCAUUCUGGCAGAGAACAACUAAGCUGGUGUAAUAAUUUAGCAGCAGCAGCAGUAUUUUUUUCUUGAAGGUAUCUUGUAAAAUCUGAUGUCUGUACGUGGAGUUUUUCUUUAUUGGAUUUAGCACCAUUUGAUACAAGGGUAUGCAUGAAAUCAAGAGUGGAAAUAAUUUUAGUGGUUUUCAUGUAUAUCUUAGUCUUAUACGUAACAUCCAUGUUAAGUAAUUUAUUUUACUUUUCUUUUUUUUAAUGGAAGUCCACUGAAGUCUGAAGUACAGUACUAUUAAAAAUUUUGUCUGUAAUGUGUUUCCUGUACCCACUAGCUCUUUUGUUUCAAGUUUUUCAAGCAAACAAUUUACGAAAACUUGUUUGAGAGGAUAAUUUUAUAACAUUGGACGGUGAUCAAAUUUAAAAAUCUCUUGCCA